CCACACAUUUUUCCUUUGAGGAUGAUCCAUUUAUAUUUCCAGAACAAGCAUUUCAAGUAUACUACUCGAAGUGCUUGAGGCAUUCGGGGUGGAGUGUUGUAUGUCGAUGGAGGCCCAGGGAUACUUACGAUGUCCCACAGUUCAUAGAUUCAGAGGUCGUCGAGGUCAACGAUGACGAAGAAUUUGAGCAGGGAGGGGUUGUAUGUCAAGAUAAAUCUCCUGAAUAUGAUAAAAUUUCAUGGGUUAGGAAUGAUUUGAAUAGUGAAAUACUUGUAGAUAUUCCUACAACUUCUAGGGAAUCUGUAGAACCUAACAUUUCUGUAAAGCGAAAAAGGUAACCUUUAUCAAAAGCAUGUUGUUUAAAAUUAUAUAUUCAACUUGAUAAAUAUGUCUAUUUCACAUAUAUCUUAUAUGAAAUGUAAAAUUCUUUAUAGGGCUUGACGAAUAUGUCUGGAGUUCCAUCACGGAGCAAAUCGCGUAGACUACUACAGCGCGGAGACCUGCAGCGUCAGGUGAGAGAGCGUAGGAGAGAACUUGAAUCUGCUGUAGAUACACAGCGCGAAGACCGGCAGCGUCAGGUGAGAGAGCCUAGGAGAGAACUUGAAUCUGCUCAUGUUGCUACCGCCAUACCUAGCAUUGGGGAGUCUACUCCAGUUAGAGAUAUAGACGCAAAUCAACAAACACCUACACAAGAAAAUGAUUUACAGACAACUCCCCCUUCACACUCCAUACCUUCUGGACAAUCGUCAGGUCAGUAUCUUCUUCAUUAUCUUUUGGUGAUUAAUGUGCUUUUUGCUAAGAAAUGCUUACAUAAUGCUUCUAUCUCUUACAUAAUUUUGAAAGACUUCUUUACAAGUUCACGUGAAAUGAGUCCAUCUAAUAUUCUUGCUUCAGCUCUCAUUAGGUUUGUAGUUUGCAUAGAAAGCACCCCUGAUGUUAGCAAUGGGAGCUACAAGAGUCCUUGCAUGUUUCCUGUCAUAUGUAUGGGAUGCAAGUGGUUGAACAUCUGA